AUAAUGCUGUCUCGAUGUGGCAAGCUCGAAAGCGUGGCACGGCGGAUUUGAGCUGACGGUUUAUCGAUCCGUGCUGGGUGGGCGGGGGUAUCCAGCGAAUGGGAGAGGCGACUGAAUUCCGUCAUUUUAUAAACUCGAGAGUGAUUGCGGGAGAACGGAUUCACAAUUUAAAACAACCGCAUUGGCCCAUCAUCACAGUCGCCUUUGAAGAGAGCAGAACCUCCACCUGACAUCCAAACAUGUUCAAACCCAGACUGUCCGCUGUUGCAGCCAUGCCGUUGCAUCAAAUGACUGGCAAUGUUAUUUGCCUAGUUAUUUCCCCACUGGAAUGUGUACAGUGAAGAUUUUGGUAAUACGAAGAAAGCGCAGAUAUGUCGGUGCCUUUACUUAAGAUUGGAGUGGUGCUUAGCACGAUGGCUAUGAUCACUAACUGGAUGUCGCAGACAUUACCGUCCUUGGUGGGACUCAACACCACCAAGCUCUUGGUAGCGUCAGGAGGGAAAGCAGACCGGAGUACAGGCGUGCUGCCAGCCAACCCUGAGGAGUCAUGGCAGGUGUACAGCUCAGCCCAGGACACAGAGGGUCGCUGUGUCUGCACCGUGGUGGCGCCUCAACAGACCAUGUGCUCGCGGGACGCCAGGACCAAACAGCUCCGGCAGCUGCUAGAAAAAGUCCAGAAUAUGACCCAGUCUAUCCAGGUGCUGGACCAGCGGACCCAGAGAGACCUGCAAUACGUGGAGAGAAUGGAGGUCCAGCUGAAAGGUCUGGAGACCAAGUUUAAACAGGUGGAGGAGAACCACAAGCAGAACAUUGCCAGGCAAUAUAAGGCAAUAAAAGCGAAAAUGGAGGAACUUAGACCAUUGAUACCAGUGUUGGAGGAGUACAAAGCUGAUGCAAAAUUGGUAUUGAAGUUUAAAGAGGAAAUCCAGAAUCUGACGUCUGUGCUAAAUGAACUCCAGGAGGAGAUUGGAACCUAUGACUACGAGGAGCUGCAAAACAGAGUGUCAAAUCUUGAAGAGAGGCUUCGUGCGUGCAUGCAAAAAUUAGCAUGUGGGAAGCUGACAGGAAUCAGCGAUCCAAUCACAAUUAAGACGUCUGGAUCAAGGUUUGGAUCCUGGAUGACUGACCCCCUGGCACCUGAGGAUGACACUAGGGUGUGGUACAUGGACGGCUACCACAACAACCGAUUUGUGCGGGAGUACAUGUCCAUCUACGACUUUAUGAAUUCCGACAACUUCACGUCUCACCGCCUCCCCCACCCGUGGUCGGGCACGGGUCAGGUGGUCUACAACGGCUCCAUCUACUUCAACAAGUUCCAGAGCCACACAAUCAUCAAGUUUGACUUCAAGACCUCCGUCAUCAGCAAGUCACGUCAGCUGGACUACGCCGGCUACAACAACAUGUACCACUACUCCUGGGGAGGCCACUCGGACAUCGACCUCAUGGUGGAUGAAGGCGGGCUCUGGGCCGUCUAUGCCACCAAUCAGAACGCGGGGAACAUUGUCAUCAGCAAACUGAACCCCAACACCCUGCAGAUCGUCAAGAGCUGGACCACCAAUCACCCCAAGAGGAGCGCAGGAGAGGCCUUCAUGAUCUGUGGUACGCUGUAUGUCACCAAUGGCUACUCCGGUGGGACCAAGGUGUACUAUGCCUUCAGCACCAACUCGUCCACCUACGAGUACAUUGACAUACCGUUCCAGAAUAAGUACUCUCACAUCUCCAUGCUGGACUAUAACCCUAAAGACAGAGCGCUGUACGCGUGGAAUAAUGGUCACCAGGUGCUGUACAAUGUCACCUUGUUCCACGUCAUUCGCUCAGAGCAGGAGCAGUAGAUAGCUAGCCAUGCUGUGACCUUCUCAUUCUACGGCAGACCUGGGUUCAAAUACUAUUUGAUAACGUUCAAAUAUUUUUAGCAUUUGCUUUAGCCUGCUUGGAGUGCAAGAUGGACGGAGUUUGUAGUUUUGCAACAGUUAUAUUGGUUCCAUUGCACCAGGCAAGCUCAAUCAACCUUGGCUAGAUCAACUGAAUUUGAACACAGGUCUGGUCCACAGAUUUUUCAAAGUAGGGGAGAUAUGUAAUAUGUAACUCAAAUCAAAGUUUAUUGGAAAUGUACGCAGAUUUGCAGACGUAAUCGCAGGCGCAGCGAAAUAAUAAGUGCUUCUAGCUCAGGGUUUCACAAACUAGGUCCUCGGGACCCCAAGGGGUACACAUUUUGGUUUUUGGCCUAGCACUACAAAACUGAUUAGAAUAAUCAACUAAUCAUCAGAUUUGAUCAUUUGAAUCAGAUGGUGUAGUGUUAGGGAAAAAAACUAAACGUGCAUCUCUUGGGGUCCAGAGGACUUGAGUUUGGGAAACGCUGUGUAACGCCAACAGUGUAGUAAUACUUAGCAAUAAAAAAAUAAAUACACACAUAAUCCA